AUGAAAGGGGAAGGGUUAAAAAACUUCAAGGAACUUCGAGCCAAAUUUCAAAAGUUUGAUGUGCCAUCUCUUCCAAAACCUACGCAAGUCCCAGCAAGAAUUUCUCAGAAGAGCGGUAUUGGAAAUGCACAGUCAACAAGUGUUUUGGCCAGUGUGAAACCCCUCUCAUCCAACCACCGUCAGCUCCCGCAGCACUGUUCUAGCGGUGAACCCCAGCCUCUUCAACCCCAGGAAAUGAAGUCCGCCCAGAAGAGCAAGAUUCAGAAAUGCUCGAAUUCCUCAGAACCUCGGGAAAGGUCUACGGGUUCUGCAGUAAAGUCCCAGGAGACUUCUCUGCUGUUAGACGUGAAUCAGUCAAAUGCUGACAUAACCGAUGAGAGGAGCGUGAUGGUGACCGACAGCUUCAGAGACAAGCUCUCGAAUUGGGAGAAGGUUUCAUCUCAGAAGAGUGAGAUGUCUUCAGCCUUUGUCCGUGCCAGUUGUGGAAGCAGGGCCUUUCAUCUGGAGGAGGAGAGAAGCAUAGGGCGGGCUCCAGAGGAGCCCAGGAGGAAGCUAGAAACCAAAGGAGCCCAGACCCACCCUUCCCAGAAGCACUUGAUGCCCCCCCCAAAUUCACUUGCUUCCUUUCAAGAUCCUACUUCUCUACCUUUUCAGCGUGACAGGAAGAUCCUAGAAACCCCUGAUCCUGAGAGCAGCCCUGUGGGGAGCCCCUGCCAGCCCGUCUAUGAGAGUGAACUUGCCAGCCAGGGCCCUGGGAAACAGCCAGAUGUCAGGCAUCACCAGCCUCUUAAAACGAAGUCUCUGCCUUCCAUCAAGUCCCUGGGUCCUCCUCCCCCAAAGCCUCCGAAGCCCCCAGUCGUGAACCUCCAGGCCUUCCAGAAGCAGGCAGCUACAGUUGCCAGGACCCACACAGAAGCAGCUGUGGAAGAGGGCCGCCUGCCUCCGGAGAGAUUGUGUAAUGCUGAAUUUGAAGAACCACAUAAUUAUGAGGCAACAAUUUCAUAUCUGAAACACUCUGGCAACUCCAUUAACCUGUGCACCGCAAAAGAAAUUGCUGAUUCAACUUAUGAAGUCGAAAUUGAAGAACUCCGAAAGGUAUCGUUUGCUCUUUUUAUGAACUUUAUAACGACAGCAGCGUCUAGCUUGGUGCUGGGCACUUGCCCUACACAUGAGGAUGAAGAAAGGAAAGAUGAAGGAAAGGAGCUGUGUGAAUUGGAACCUCAAAAACGAGAAAGGGGUCUACAUUCAAGCCAUCUUUUCAAGGUACGAGUCUGCUAGGGGAUGCUGGGAAGAAACAAGGUGACGGAGGUCCACAGAGGCAAUGGGGGGACGCUGCCCGGGAAGCAGGACACUGUGAGCGACGCUGUCCAGAUGAAGCCUCGCCCCCAUGACCCGAAGCUGGCCAGGCGCUCCUUAGGCCACUGUGGGUAUGUGGAGGCCUUGGAGGUCACUACAGAAAUGCCAGGCCAAGGGGCCUGGAAGCCUCACUCCAUCUCAGAGGAGAUGUAUGAUGAUGUUGACUACCCUGGCAGAGCGAGAACCAGGUCAGAUUUCUCUAGCUCAUUUGCUUCAGAUAAUGAAGAAAAUAGUGAAGUGUAUGAAGAGGUCUACAAAACAAAAAGCAACUACUCAAAAAUAGAUUUAGAUGGAAAAGAAGCACUUACAAGACUGCAGAAAUUCUUGAAGAAGGAAAAGAACAGAUUUAAAAUGAAGAAAAACAAGUUGAACAAACAUGUAAGUGCAUUUUCCAUUUCGCUGCCUGAUUUAGAACUUAGGUCUCAGGAAGGUAUUAUCUAUGAUAACGUGGAUAUAAAUGAAAAGGAGUCAAGAAAUGAAGAUAAAUUAAAAACCUGGAAGCCCAAAUUUUUGAUGGCAAAGGAAAAGAAAGAGAAAAAAGGUGAAGAAUCUGAAAGCUUUUCUCCUAGAAAUUUCUUUAGAACAAAGAAGCAAAACUUAGAAAAGAUCAGGAUGGAAAAAGAAGAAAAACGUUUUAGAGAAAAAUUUGAGUAUGAUAAGGAGAUUACCGUCAUUAACACAGCAGUGGCAUGUUCCAGGAACUCAAGAAAUGGAACGUUUGAUUUGCCAAUAACCCCGGGAGAAGAACUGCAAGUCAUUGACACCACUGAAGAAAAUCUAGUGAUCUGUCGCAAUUCCAAAGGCAAAUAUGGAUAUGUACCUCUUGAACAUCUAGAUUUCAAGCAUCAAGGCUGGUCACCUUAGGAAGAUUAAGCUGCACCAGUAAGGACUAGUCUGAGAUCUUAGUCCUGCCUCGCCUGUCAGUUCACACGUUGAGUGGGAUGGUGGGAUCUGUGCAAUCGGAGAAGAGAAAAACAAAUCCUCCACAUUUAGAUGUUGGUUUUACUCCUAAAUGGUUAUCUUUCAAUGUCUGUGUUAGCAUGUGAGCACUUACUUAAUGAGCCCUAGCCAAAGUGAGAAACCAUGCCUGAUGGCACGUAGGCAGCUGUGCAGAUGGUUAGU